GACAUUGCGCGUGCGCGAAACGAUGCAAAACUUUCUAGAGUCCUAAACUUCGUAGCUAGCAACCACCAAACUACUUAGAAAGCUUUCGGGUACGGCAAAAUACAACAGCUGGCCAGCAGACGCAAAAAUGGCUUUCCGCAGAAGGAACAAAAGUUACCCAUUUUUCAGCCAGGAAUUUUUUAUUCACAAUCAUGCAGACAUCGUAUUUUGCUUGGUGGUAUUCAUUUUGGUUGGACUCAUGUUUGAGGCAACUGCAAAAACUGCAUUCCUCUUUAUCCUUCCACAAUACAACACCAGCACAUUACCACCUGAGGGGGAAAUGUCCUUAUAUCACUAUGGAUGGAGGGACUGUGUCACCAUCCUCUUCUACUUCCUCAUUGCCAUCAUCAUCCAUGCUGUGGUACAGGAGUAUGUGCUAGAUAAAAUAAACAGGAGACUCCAUCUUUCAAAGAGCAAGAACACCAAGUUCAACGAGUCUGGACAACUGUGUGUAUUCUACCUGGUGUCCUCUGUGUGGAGUUUUUACCUUCUUCUCUCGGAAGGAUAUCUUCUAAAUCUCAGCAGCCUAUGGGAGAAUUACCCUCACGUUCAUCUUAGAUUCCAGGUGAAGUUUUUCUACCUCUUCCAGCUGGCUUAUUGGCUUCACUCCCUGCCUGAACUUUACUUCCAGAAAGUGAGGAAGGAAGAGAUCCCUCGUCAGCUGAAGUACAUCAGUCUAUACCUGCUACACAUUGCAGUGGCCUAUCUAUUAAAUUUGACUCGAGUUGGGCUGGUGCUGCUCUUCCUGCAGUACAUGUCUGAGCUGGGAUUCCAUGUUUCUCGGCUCUUCUACUUCACUGAUGAGAGCCACCACAAGCUGUUCGAUGUGUGGGCGGUGGGCUUUGUAUUCACACGCAUGGUGAGCCUCACACUGCUGUUCCUGGCAGUGGGAUUUGGAUUGGCUCGAGUGGAGAGCCAAGGUCUGGAUUGGGAGGCUGGAAACUUUAACACACUUCUCAUCAGGAUGGUCGUGCUGCUGAUGGGGUGCCUGACGCAGGCCUGGCUGCUCUGGAAGCUGAUUCGCUUCCAGCUGAGACGCUGGCGCCAGUUCAGGCAGGAGCAGGCCGCCCGCAAGAGAGUGGCAGCUAAGCAGCCACCCCGCACCACCAAGAGAGACAGCGGUGGGCACGAGAACGGCACAAUCAAAGCGGAGAAUGGUGCCUCGCCACGACCCAAGAAGAUCAAAGCUCCUUAACCCUGCCCUCUGAUCUGACCGGUAUGAAAUGGGAAAUCAGCAGGUUAUUGGUUGUGCCUUCUGAAGCUGGCGCCCCGAGGCGAUGCCAUCGGUGCCCAGGUCAUGGGAACCAGGGCAUCACGUUGGGAGCGACGGCCAAUGUCCUUGACGGAUAUAUAUCAGUAUUUUUAUUUUUAUUUUUUUCUGAAACUCACACUAACUGUCUCUCACCUAAAUCUCCCUCAGUGCUUUCAGGAUGGCUGAGCUGUUCCUCUAAUAUACUGGGGGCCUUGCUCCUGUGUUACUGUGUUAUUCUGCAUACACGCAUGUCUCUCCCCGACCCCCAAAUUCCCCCUGCUUCAUAUCUCAACAUUGGCUCUGACGUAUUGAAGUGGCUUUGCUUUCUUGGCUCAGUAUUACUGGGGAAGGUGAACUGUGAGUGCAGCUGCUGCUGGGAUUGUCAGUGGCCCCUGAAACGAUGCCCCGUCAGUUCACAGACCGCUGCAACCUCUUAAGGGAUGGCAUACAGAAAAGCAGGUGUCAGCUCAGAAAUGGAGCAGAACUUGUCACAACAGAGUGGAUUGCACAAUCACCCCACACUCCUGCAGACUUCUUUACCAUUCCAACGCACCUCCUUCAUGCAUAUAAGACCAUGUUCUUCCAGUUAUGAACUGGGCUCAGGCUACACACCAUUUCAGCCAGGAUAUGGGACAGUAUCACAGAGUUCAGUCUCACUUGGAGACACAUAAAAGUUGCUUUGGAAAUGUUUAAGAGUUGACGUGCUUGAUUUAGAAUUCAUUGCAUCAGAAAAUAAUCCCCUUUUUGGAGUCUUUAGUCCAAGAAAAACAUGAUAUGUGGAUUGCUUCUACUUUUAAACUCAUGAAUUGUGUAAAAAUCACAAUGGAAUCAAACAUGUCAGAGCUUAAUAUCAUUUAUUAAGUAUUUACCUGUAGCAGUUCAGUGCCAAGCUAUUGACACAAAGUGAUUGAAAACAGUAAGUUGACUGUGAAAAAUAUAAAAACAGCUGAUUUUUUUUUCUUUACCUUAAUGAGAUGGGGUCAUCAGUCGGAAGUUUUAAGUAAAAAAAAAUGGAAAGAAAUUUUGUGUGGACAUUUUUUCCUCAGUUUCAUAAUUGUGUUCAUUUUCAGAAGCUGGUUUCAUACUUUGUAGGCUAUAUUUUUUUCCCCACACAGUUCAGUUACUUCACUAUAUAAAAUAUAUUUUAUUUCAAAUAAUGAUAGUUACAGGGAUAUGAUAGUUAUAUGCCAGGUUAGAUUUUGGUAAUAUUGUUAGAUUGGAUAGUUCAUGGAAGUUUUUUUGUUUUCCGGUUUAAAUUUCUGUGUUCACAUAAUGUUUACAUCCCAGAAAGUUGGUAGAGUAAUCACAUACAGCUUACACCAUGUUUCUAGUGUCUUGUGGGGCUCUCUGUUGCUUUCCAUGGUCAGCAUAUCAGGAAAUAAAUGCUCAUCAAAUUUCUGUCGAUUUGACAGACAGAGCCGCAGAAGCCUGCACAGAACAGGGACCAGACUAAAUGUUGAUAUUUGUACAACUGUGAAUCUGAUGCAACUCUGUAUUUGAGAUGGAAUUGCCCUUUCAUAAGUGAAUCCAUUUCUACUUAACAUCAAGAUAAGAAAUGAGCCACCUAGGAAUAAAUUAAAACAUACUGAAUUGGGUGUAUGUUGACAUGUUCCGGAUGGAGUAUUGAGCAAGGUUGGAAAUGACAGGGAUUGGUACAAAUGGGUGACCGUGCGACUCUUGAAAGUGCAGGGCUUCAGCUGCAGCUGCAGCCCAAAUGUGUACCUGCCCACUGUAGGACCAGUUAGUGUCACUUGCAGGUAUGCACAGAAGACAGGUAUGAGCACCACAUCUGCUCUUGGAAUUUUCCGGCCCAAUGUCUACGUAAUAACAUGUAUAACACAAAUUAAUCAAUAUGCCUGCCUGCCUGGGAAGAAGUUUUCAGAGAUGAUAUAUAAUUGGGGGAUUAUUUAUUUGACUUAAUUAUGCUCUGGUUCGACCAAUGUAUGAAAUAUUUUUUAUAAACUAGACUACAGAUUCAAUCUUCAAACUACAGUGCACUUUGGAGUUAAAGUUACAAUGUCUUAUCUUUUUAAUAAACUGUGAGUUCAGGCCAGUGAAAUAUUCUAA